AUGGAUCUGGACGGGAACCCUGAUACUCAGGAGCGCCAUACAAAAGCAGAGACUAUCUUUGCAAAAUCUGAGCAGCUCACUGCCACCUUCUACGCCCAGUUGCCAGUUGAAGUAAGGCAGGCGCUGAAGGCAGCAGAUUUUUACCGCGAUGCUUUCAGUGGAGACGUUGACCCUUUGACUGGGUUUGCAAUUGUGGCUUCAGUCGAGACGUGCUUCGCACUGACGGGUACCCCGACUUGCUACAUCUUCCUCUGCCCUGUAAGCGAUAUUAACGACCCGAUGGCCACGCCAUUUCACGCACUCGUUCCUUAUGGGUCAUCUAGGGAGCCUGGGCUAAUAGUCAGUUCUCCGACCGGUGAAGUUCGCUUCUGGGAUGGGCUUGGGAUGGGUCUCGCGGGCGGCGACAAUUUCUUAGUCAUGUCUCUUGAUUUAGAGCGUGAAGAGCGAGUUACAACUUUGACGAGAGCUGACCCACAAACCUAUAUAGUAUCAACGUCCAUGGGCCGCUUAUUCCGCCUGAUACUCACUGCAUCUGGGGGCAGCCAUCACUUAACCGCUCAUGUCUUCAGCCAUCCUCGGGCUUCCAUGUCAAUUUCACGCCUUAUACCUUCUUUUUGGUCCGUUCCCAGCAUUCAGCCGGAACCAGGAAACAUCAACGCGAUCGCUCUUGCUGAACCAGGCACCGACUCGCAGGGCAGAGCAUUGUGGGCCAUCAUAAAUAGAAGAAUACAGAAGUGGAAUCUUUCAUUUGAAGGGUGGCAAGAACUAGUUGUAGAUACCGAUAUUAUGGAUGAUACUCGGCAGGCCAUCCGAAACGCGUUCGCCUCCGCGUCCCCCGACGAUAUAGAGCUUGACCUCGAAUUUGUAGAUCUCAAGGUCGAAGGCGAUGGAAAACUUGUUCUCCUGGUAUCAUACGCUGGCCAGGACGAAGAGGCGAGUAUGGACUUUGGUCCACAUCCUCGACGAAUCUAUGCAAUUGCUCACUUGUUAUGCACGCCCGAUACCUUUGAAGUGUUGAAUGUCAGAGGAGUGCCCUAUCAAAGCACGUCUAGUUCGGGCGCCCCGCUGCAUCCUAGGUUACAACUGGUCAUGAAUGGCGAACUGAUUGUUAUUCAAUUCGGGGACGCCGUUGCCCUCUGUGCGCGAGAUACAGUGUACAUGGAUCGCCUUGAACUCAAAUCUGCGACAGACCGUACUCUCGGUGUCGGUGUCGUUGAUGGCGAGAGCGAGCUGCUAGUUUUGACGGCCACUACGAUGGUAAAAGCUUAUUUUGAGUUGGAUCGAGUAUCCCAAUUCAAUUCUGAGAGUGGUCGGGCGACUUUGAUGGUCUCCAUUAUGACACAGGCAAUUCUAUAUGGUUCAAACCCGGAGAACCCACUACAAUUUAGCUUCCCUCCCGAAAUCGACGAAGAAGCACUUAUGUCUGGAGCUCAACAACUCAGUCAGGCAAUACUACGUUCAGAUUCAGAAGUAGUACGUCCCAGCCAUGACCUUCAAGCCCAGAUAUCUGGACGAAAGGAACGACUUAGCUUCCUCAUUAAAUUCAUCAACGAUAACGCUGUCUUAACCAAAGCGAAUGUCCCAAAGGAGCCGGCAGUUGCUCGCUACAGACGCAGAGAAGCUGAAGAUUGUGUUCGAUCGUUCCUCAAAAGUGGAGUGGAGGCUAUAGGUGGCCUCAUCCCCUGCGUGUUGGAUGUGGUUCGGCGAUCACUGCAUGCGCACAGCCAAAAUCUCUCCGAGGAUAUAUGCGAAAGCAACCGGAUUGUCUUGACGAUACUUCAGUCAGCAAUCAGCUAUCGCAUCUACAACUCAGGAGUGUAUGGGAUUGAACUUCCAUUGUUGGAUCCUUGGUCAAGCCAGCCAAACAUUAUUGAAGUUGUAUUCGAGCUAGUUAUUGCCACAACCAAGGUGGUAGAAACUCCGAGUCCAGAUGCCGAGUCUACUCAAACCAGGGUUCAAUUAAGAGAACAGCUCCCCGAAUUAGCUUCGACACUAUUCACCUGCAUUCAAGAACGAUUGCGGUGGCUUGAAAGUCCCCUCUCAGCAAGCGACCCUAGAUCGGAGCGAGAACGAUACGAUCUUGCACAAAAAUUUCACCAAGUGCGGCCUGAAGUGUUGGAGACACUGCGAAGAAAUGGACACGCAAAUGCGGCCUUUAGACUCGCUGAAGAAUAUCGCGACUUCCGCAGCCUGGCUUCCUUGUGUAACAAGGAGACCGUUUACCCUCCAGAGGAUAAUCCGAAUGCUACACGGAUCCAAGCUUACGUUGAGCAAUUCAAAGAGGAGUUUACUACAGAGCUGUACCACUGGUAUAUCGAGCACGGCGAGCUCAGAGCCAUGUUCGCUGCUGGACACGACGAGUUUCUGGACGCGUUUCUCUCUGACAACUCGAUUCCGGCUGUGUCGUGGAUUCACGAUGUUUACAAGGGCCGAUAUGAACUUGCAUCUGAAGCUCUACUCUCAGAAGCUGAUCAUGCUUCGGAAUUGGUAUCGAAACACCUUAUGCUCAGUAUUGGCAAGCUUGCGCACUUGGCACAACUGCAUGAGGUGCAGGAGGUUCAGAAUCCAAUCAGUCAAAAGACUUUAGACUCUUUUCAUGAUGGACUGGAUUUCGUGAGCGUGCAUGAGACGAUUUUAGACGACUUGAAGUCAGCUCUUGUUAAUGUCCGCGGAAAGCAAUCACUGGAGGCGCAAGUCGACGUGAUCGCAAGGGCGAAGGCGUCCCAGCUAUCUGAUCGAAGGAUACUGCAACAGAUAUUCAAGCAACUCGUCCGACAAUUACUGCAGGGAAAGGCCCUAUCUCCUGAGGAUCUAGCAGAUGUUCUAAGCCUCAAAGAUAAUGCUGACAGUCCAGGAGACUAUGCUACAGCGCUCCAGAUACUUUCGCGAGCGAGGAAUAUACCUAGCGCUCGGCGACUGUCUGCGUUUAGAACUGUAUGGCGACGAAUAUACAUCCACGAUGAUUGGAAUGUGUUACGGCAGACGGCCAAUGUUCCUGACGCAGAGCUGAAUAUGCGGUUCAGAAAUACUGCUUUGUAUGCAGCCCUGCAGGCAACUUCGAGAGCACACAGUACACCGAAAGGCUACAUCUCGACGCCCGUGGAAGCAUUGGAGGUCCCAGAUCAAUCCGAAAUUGCUCUGCGAUGGCCAGGGAUUUCGCCUGAUGAGGUGGAAGGGAUCGAACAGGAUUAUUUGUUGGAGAGUAAAUAUCUGGCCGAUUUGGAGAUGGACAGUACUUUUGAGAGCAUGGUGGGGUUGGUUAAGGAAGAUGCGACGUGA